AUGGCGCGUCGCCUGGCGCUCCUUGCGCUUCUGGCGUGUGCCGUCGCCUCGCUGCAUCCGAGAGCCAAGGACUCCUCCGCUUCGGAAUCCGACGAACCGUUCCUGAUUUGGGAAGAAUACGAAGACUCACUCGAAGCGAGCCCGCGUCCGUCCACCCCUAAAGUGAUAUUACGAAGCAAAGCCCCCAAAGUUAACGUAACAAUGAAGAAGAAGAGUGACGACAAAAAUAAAAUUAUCAAAACGACUAUAAACAUUGAAAGCCAUACGAACUUUAUUGUGACCCGGCGUACGCCAGUGACCGUGGUGAAACCUCAAGUCCCUCAAAAGCAAACGGUGAUAAAAGGUGAUAAUGAUAUAUGGGUGGAUAUAAAUGCAUCUACACCGAGAACUACUACAAAGAAGUCAAAUGUGGUGCGCAGAUCGACUACCAUCCGCACUACUACCAGAUCUCCGUCCACCACGAAGAAGUAUCCGAGAACAACGGCCAGACAACCCACCACCACAGCGCGUAGAACUACGAAACGGAAAUAUCAGUUAGUGUCAAAAAGUACCAAAGCGCCGAAGCAAAACUUUCCAUGCCCAUCAAAAAAUUCAGGAUUAGUUUACGACGAGAAACUCAAAAGGCCGUCGAAGAAAACAAAUUCAGGUUGGUUUGGAGGUUUCUUUACGACAGUAUACAAAUGGAUAGUCGGGUCGAAGUCAUCAUGGUUUGGUGGAGAGUGGUUUCAAGAACCCGACAAAAAAUUCACCACAACAACAACACCUAUACCACCCUCCACUUCUACAGAGAAUUGGUUUCAAAGCUUUCUAAACUCAGAGGAUAAUGAUAAAGAACAGUCUUCACCAAAUGAGAGUAGUGCAAAGAAAUCAAAUAAAAAGGCAUUAAAGAAGAGCUACAAGGGCUAUCAACUUCUACGCUCAUAUCCGGAUACGCAGUGGAAAGUACGGUCAUUGUUAGACCUACAGGAAGAGGGAGAAGGUUCUGGAUUAAUGUGGUGGACCCUGCCGUCUCUCAACGGUUCUACUGAUCUCUUGGUACCACCAGAUCUCUUAGUAGACGUUAAGGAUCAUUUAAAAUCCUCCAAUAUCGAGUUCGAAGUCAUCAUUUGGGAUUUACAGAAAGCAAUAUCGUAUGAGAACCCAAAGCUAUCGAAGAAGCAGCGGCUAGAAUUGGUACAAUUGAGAGGACAUCCGAUGACCUGGAGACGGUACCAUCGUUACGCUGAUAUCCUGAGAUAUUUAGAGUAUUUACAACAUUCGUAUUCAGAUGUCGUGGAGCUUAUACCGCUAGGGCGUUCUUCGGAAGGCUUGCCGUUAGUUGCAGUAAAGAUAUCCCUACCAGUGAAUGACACAAACACCGAAAAUGCAUCAACCAAGAGUCAAAAGAAGAAAUGGAAACUGCGCUAUGCAAGACCGGCAAUUUGGAUCGAUGGUGGAGCUCAUGCUCGCGAGUGGAUUGCUCCGGCUGUGGCUUCGUGGCUCAUACACAAUUUGGUAGAAGGGGAAAAAGACAUGGGUGUAGACUACGAAGUGCUAAAGACAGCGGAUUUCUACAUCAUGCCCGUACUAAAUCCGGACGGAUACGAGCACUCGCAUACCCACGAUCGACUCUGGAGGAAAACAAGAUCACGCCUCUCUGACUCCGACGAUUACUACGUCGGCUGGUUUCCGUGGAAUUGGGGUCGUACUGAAUGCGUAGGAGUAGAUGCAGAUCGCAAUUGGGAUUAUCACUGGAGAGAGAAGGACUCUUCUCAAGAUCCGUGUUCAGAUAAUUAUGCGGGACCACAUCCAUUCAGCGAACCUGAAACAAGGGCAGUUUCAGAAUUUCUUGCGGAACACAGAGGGCAAAUUAAGGUUUACUUAUCUCUACACGCAUACUCCCAGUCGUGGCUUUUACCAAGCUCCCAUGCGCAAGCCUCGUUUUCUGAUGACGGAGUACUGAUGGAAAUGGGAAAACUAGCGACUACAGCUCUUGCGGAUGUUUUUGGUACUAAAUAUAAGGUGGGAACUGCGGCUGACAUACAGCAACCAGCGUCAGGUAUGGCCCACGACUGGGCCAAAGCACGAGCGGGAAUCAAAUUUGCGUAUCACGUGGAUCUUCGAGAUUCCUUUGGCCCUUACGGAUUUUUAUUGCCAGGUUCACAAAUAGUCUCUACUGCGAGAGAAAUUUGGCAGUCAAUUAAAGCUAUCGUAGACAAUUUAUCACCAUGA